AUGUCUUUUCUAGCCAUGUCUUCCGGGCCGACAUCGGGCCAAAAUUCCUCUGCCGUGGCGCCCGAUGUGUCGUCCGUCGACUUGGAAAAAGCCUUCCAGGACCUCCUUUUGGCCUGUCGUGGGGGCGACUCGGACACUGUGGACUCGUUGACUCUGAUUCCACAUUUGGACAUAAACCAGGUCGAUCGCUGGGACUACUCGCCGCUCAUCUUGGCACUGAUCUGCGGCCACCUCAAGAUUGUCGAGCUUUUGCUAGCCCGCGGCGCUGUGUGUGACAGAGACACUUUCCAGGGCGCCCGGUGUAUCUAUGGCGCGUUGACAGACGAAAUCAGAAGCGUGCUUUUGAGCUACGACAUCACCAAGGCCGUGGACGACAAGCAGCCGUUCCUUGCCCACAUAGCGCAGCUUGUGUCGCCGACGUUUCUGCUUGUGUCUGCUCGGGACUUGGCGCUCCGCUUUGGGCCGGACGUUUUGCUUGUGAAUCGCUUUGUCUUGGCCGCCCGAAGCAGGUACUGGGCGGCGCAGUUGGGGCCUGCGGGCGAGUGGCACGACAAAACGGUCCUUGAGUUUCCCGAAGAAGACUUGGAGGCAUUCCGGGCCGCCACAGACUACAUCUACCUCCGAACAGACCGGCUCGAGUCUUUCCCGGCCGAGGUUGUCUCUUUGGCGGAGAAAUGGGGCCUUGUUUUGGAACUGGCGCAGCCGCUACUUGUGUCGCAGGCCAAGGACGAUAUGCGGCGCUUCUUGCUUGACCAUGUCCGGGCCAAUGCCUACGAGCAUGUGUUGGACGACUCGGAUUUGGAGGACGCAGCGGACGGCGAAAUAGACUACGAAGAAAUCGACGCAGAAAAGCUUCUUCUGCCCGCAUGUAAAACACGGCUUUUGCGCAGCUCGGCGCUUCCGGACGCUCUUUUGUCCUUUAUCGAUGUUGAAGCGGGCUCGGUGGUGUAUUAUCCCGUGCACCGGGCCAUCUUGUCUCGGUCGGACUUUUACGCCCAGAUGUUCAAGUCGCAGCUUUUCCAGGCGUCCGGCGCAGCUCUUCCGUCCAUUGACGUUUGCGGAGAAGCGGUGGUGGACCGGGUGAAUCUCGAGAACGCCCAUGUUCCAGUGCUCCAGUCUUUUGUCAGCUGCACCCAGCGUCUGGUGGUGGAGGCGGUGUUGCAGUACCUUUACCAUGACGAGGUGACGCACAUUUCGCCCGAGGUCGGGGUCGAGCUCUUGUAUGUGGCCGAAGAGCUUCACAUCGAGCGGCUCAAAACCAUGAGUGCAGUUGUGCUUACGUCUCUUGCCGGGAAUUUUGACUACGCUGGCCUCGAAAACAUAUCUGCUUCAACGGGCUACUCGGCCUGUGAGUUGGUGGAGGUGGCCUGGGAUACCCGCAGCGAGAGGCUCGAGCAGCAUAUGGCCAAGCUUCUCGCACAUAACAUUGAGCGCAUCUGUGAGGACACGGAGAUGCGGGCACAGGUGGUUUCGCUCAUCCGGAAAAGUGCCCAGCGCAUCUUGAGCCGUCACGACACCGACACGAUCGAGUUGGUGGAUGACAUGCGGUAUUACUUGGCGAAGAAGUAUGCGGUGUACGAUGAAUUUGCCGGUUUGGACGGCGUGGGCCGCAGCUUGAACCCGGCCAUAGGCGAGGCCGAAGACAUCCGAGCGUUUUCGGCGGCGUUGGCCGACCACGACCACGACAUUGCGGUGAUCGACGGGCUUCUAGCAGAGUUGGGCCUUGAAGCGUGA